AUGAGGCGGAUAGCAUAUUUUUAUAGUCCAGACUCGGGCAGCUUUCACUACGGAGCCUCGCAUCCUAUGAAGCCGCACAGAAUUGCAGUGACCAACUCGAUUGUAUUUGCAUACGGCCUGCAGAAAUAUAUGGACAUAUUUGCAAUAAAGCCAGCAACCAAGAUGGAAAUGCAGCAGUAUCACACAGAGGAGUAUAUAAGCUCGCUUAUUUCUGAGGGAUCUGAUGUGCCCUGCGAUAGGAUCACAGAUGACUGCCCGUAUUUUGAGGGCAUUGGAGAAAUGUGCGCUCUGUACUCUGGGGGGUCGCUCCAGGCGGCCCGGGCACUAAACCAAAGCCAAUAUGACAUAGCAAUAAACUGGUCUGGCGGCCUACACCACGCAAAGAAAGCAGGGCCAAGUGGCUUUUGCUACACAAAUGAUAUUGUGCUGGCAAUUCAAGAGCUGCUUAAAAAGCACAGAAAGGUUAUGUACAUAGAUAUAGACAUACAUCAUGGAGAUGGCGUGGAGGAGGCUUUCUACCACACAGAUAGGGUUCUCACGCUUUCUUUCCACAAGUACGGAGACAGAUUUUUCCCUGGCACUGGAAACAUAUGCUGCACAGGAAGAGGCGCAGGCCGCGGGUGUGCUGUGAAUGUGCCUCUUGAUUUUGGCAUAGACGAUGAGUCAUACCACUAUGUAUUUAAGAAUGUGGUAAAGAUGUGCAUAGAAUCUUUUGGCCCGGAGGCGAUCUUGAUGCAGUGCGGGUCUGACUCGCUUGCAGCUGAUCGAAUAGGGUGCUUUGGGCUAAGCAUUAAGGGGCACAGUGAGUGUGUUAGAUAUGUUCGCGACUUCAAUAUUCCCAUGCUUGUGGUAGGCGGGGGAGGAUACAAGCCAAAGCACGUGUCUCGGUGCUGGGCAUCAGAAACUGCAAUACUUUGUGGCGUGGAGGUAGAUAAUAAAAUCCCGCCAAACCCGCACUCGGAGUAUUUAGGUGAGGAUGCCGAACUGUACAUUAAUCUAGAGUGUGAGUAUGUGAAUAAAAACUCAAAAGAUAACUUAGAAAGAAUUAUAUCAUUAGUUAAAGAGGUGCUCUCAGAGCAGGAGGAAGCAUCAGAAGGAAAAAAGGCAUAGCCAAGGCACACAUAGAAUAUGCAGCACUCUUUGAGUAUUAUACUAACCGGGGGCAUAGCCUAAACCAUUCCAAGCCCAGA